AUGAAUCGCACUGAGGGGCUGGUACAACGAAGGAAUGUAGUGAAAGAAAAUGAUGGCAACAGGGAAAAUCAUGAUAUUGACGAUAAGAAAAAUGAUAAAAAUUAUGAUGACGGCGAUUCAAAGGAAACUCGAUUAACUCUGAUGGAAGAAGUUUUAUUAUUAGGAUUAAAAGACAAAGAGGGUUACACAUCCUUUUGGAAUGAUUGUAUAUCUAGCGGUCUAAGGGGCUGCAUCUUGAUUGAACUGGGAUUACGAGGUCGUGUCGAAUUAGAAAGAGCUGGUAUGAGAAGGAAAGGCUUGUUAUCCAGAAAAGUUAUAGUUAAAUCAGACUCUCCGACUGGUGAUGUGUUGCUUGAUGAAGCUCUAAAACACAUGAAAGACACUGAUCCACCAGAAACAGUACAAAGCUGGAUAGAAUAUCUCAGCGGUGAAACGUGGAAUCCGAUGAAGCUGAAAUAUCAAUUAAAGAAUGUACGAGAGAGGCUAGCAAAGAAUCUUGUUGAGAAAGGUGUCCUUACCACAGAGAAACAGAACUUCUUACUCUUUGAUAUGACGACCCAUCCAUUGACCGACAAUGUGGUUAAAUGCAGAUUAGUAAAGAAGGUCCAGGAGGCAGCUCUGCGCCGUUCCAUAAUCGACGUGGCUCAUGCUGAUAAGAGGUCACUGGCAUUAUUGAUGUUAGCUCAUUCAGCUGAUGUUCUAGAAAAUGCUUUUGCCCCGCUAUCAGAUGAAGACUACGAACUGGCCACAAGACGAGUCCGAGCACUCCUUGAUCUAGACUUCGAGGCUGAAGCCAUGAGACCUGAAUCCUGUGAAAUCAUGUGGGCCGUGUUUGCCGCCUUCACUAAAUAG